CGACACAGACGUGAGCUUUACGGCUUUAACAAUGGCUUCUCAGUUUAGUGGUGUUUUGCAGUUGACCGAUUUGGAUGAUUUCAUUACGCCUUCUCAGGAAUGCGUCAAACCCGUCAAAGUCGAGAAGAAACAGGGAAAAUCCUUGGCCAAAAUUCAGAUCGAAGAUGAUGGCAGUUAUGUGCAAGUUAGGCAGGAUGGUGUGAAGGAGAAGCUGACGAAAGCAAAGAUCACACUGAAUGACUGUUUGGCCUGCAGUGGGUGCAUCACAUCAGCUGAGAACAUCCUCAUCGCACAGCAAAGCCACGAGGAGCUCCUCAGAGUGCUGCGCAGCAACAAGGACGGUACAACGGAGCAGAAGGUAGUGAUUGUGUCGGUGUCACCACAGUCCAGGGCCUCCCUGGCAGCACGCUUCAACCUCAGCAGCAGUGAGGUGGGCAGGAGGCUGACGUCUUUCUUCAAAGGCCUCGGAGUUCAUUACGUGUUUGACACAAGCUUCAGCCGAACCUUCAGCCUGCUGGAGAGCCAGCGAGAGUUUAUGGAGCGUUUUCAGAGGAAGGAGCAAGAUAAGAAGGCGCUGCCCAUGCUGACGUCUGCAUGUCCAGGGUGGAUCUGUUAUGCGGAGAAAACUCAUGGGGAUUUUAUUCUCCCCUACAUUAGCACCACUCGCUCCCCCCAGCAGAUGAUGGGUUCUCUGGUUAAAGGCUAUUUUGCAGAACAGAAGGGGCUGAGUCCAAAACAGAUCUACCACGUGGCAGUCAUGCCCUGCUUCGACAAGAAACUUGAGGCUUCUAGGUCAGACUUCUACUUGGGUGAAGCUCAGACCCGUGAAGUGGAUUGUGUCAUCACUGCAGGUGAAGUUCUCAAAGUGCUCGAAGAGGAAAAUGUGUCACUCAGUGAAGUGAAGCCUGCACCCCUCGAUACUCUGUUCAGCACUGUGUGUGAGGAUGAGUUCCUGAGCCAUGCCGGGAGUUGUUCGGGUGGUUACCUCCAUCACGUCUUCACUUACGCUGCUAAGUGCUUGUUGGGUGAGGAGGUGAAGGAGCUCACCUACAAAACUCUCAGGAAUAACGACUUCCAGGAGGUGACCAUUGAGCGAGAUGGAAAAGUCCAACUGUGCUUCGCUUCUGCCUACGGCUUCCGCAACAUUCAGAAUCUGGUGCAGAAACUCAAGCGAGGAAAGUCACCUUACCAUUUUGUAGAAGUUAUGGCGUGUCCUUCGGGCUGCCUAAAUGGAGGCGGACAGCUGAAGCCUUUACCGAGUCAGAACGCCAAAGAACUACUGCAGAAGGUUGAGGAGCUCUACAAGGCAGAGCGCCCCCUGGCACCAGAAGAUGACACAAGUGUAGCAGAACUGUACCAGUCGUGGCUGCAGAGCGUCGGGGAGGAACGAGCCAAAGAGCUGCUGCACACAAAGUAUCACACUGUGGAGAAAAUGACCAGCGGACUCGCAAUCAAGUGGUGAACAUUUGAGUGAUCGGCAGCAAACUGCGCAUGUGGAGCCGCACUAAUGAACAGGGCCGUUUCUGUCACCAGUGGGAGGGUGGGCACGUCUGACACACUCAUACUCAUCAGUGAUUAAACAGUCAAGACUAAAGACAAAUUAUGUGGUUUUAUAAGUGCAAUUUUACUCAUAUAGCUCAUCCAUUAAAGGUGAAAUAUAUUUAGUAGCUGUUACACUCUGCAGAUAGAAAUAUGCACUGAAAAAAUAUUUAAUCUGAUUAUAUGCUGAAUAAUAAAAACACUUUAGAGACUG